CAUUGCAGAUCACUGGUCCAAACUAUGGCCGUCCACUAGUCUUGGUGGGCUAAAAAAUGAGACUAUUUAAAGUGGGAAAUACGGGUGUUUCAAGUGGUGAAGGGGACAGCAAACAAUCUGGCAGUGGACCUGCCAUUGAAGCUUUGGGACAUGCAUUGGAAGGUCUUGCUGUCAGCAAUAAGCAGGAACCACCAUUUGCUGCUAAAAGGGCAUUUGAUGAUGAAAGAAACAUCUGGAUAGCAAAAGGUCCUGAUCGAAUUACAGUUCCGAAGUGUGGUGUGCAAGGAUGUCAUCCAUACUUGGUUCCUUCAUGCCUAUCUACCCAGUCGCAGAGUUAUCCAGCAUGCAAUUACAGACCAAACAUUCUCUUCCCAGAAAAAAAGGUGAAUAUCAGCAACACUUCAGUUUUCUCAACAUCAAUAUCCUAUUGCCAAACUUCACCUUUCAUGGGAUAUCCUGAGACUCCUCCACCUUUUGAGAAUGAUUUGAUGAGCCCAAAGUCCCAAGAAUCUUUUCACUGCUCCAUCUCACGAUCUGCAGUUGAGACCCCUUCUCCAUCAACAUCCUCUGGCACUGGCCUUUCCGAGUCUCCAGAUGACAGCGACUUUGAACGGCUUCUUGAUGCAACAUUCCAUCUGAUCCCACCGGAACUGGUUUCCAAAAUUGUCCCCGAUGAAUUGUCCCCUUCUCAAUCGGACAGUGAGGCUGACUCCUCGCAACCAUGGGCACAGUUGCCAAAUAAGUCAUAUGCCAUGCCCACAAAUAAUAUACCGGUCUCUGGAGUGUCUUUGAGUGAUACCACUCCAUGUGCAUCUUCUCCAACAAAUCUAUAUUCCUCACCAAGCACAUCAUACUCUCAUGAGGCAAUCAAGCCGCAAGUAUAUGAGUCAAAUGGACAUCCUCCGUUGCAGUACUGCUCAAGUAGGCCUACCAGUACUUGUGACUCACAUCUAACACAGGAGCAGCAGAAGCCACUGCAAUUCAUUUAUCCUAAAGUUCCUCCCCCACAACAGUCACCAGUCAUUGUGUGCUACAAUGUCAUCAACAUUGUGGGAUCUACUCAAGUUGGUCAAGGACAGCCACCCCCUAUUCCCAUGCAAUCUCAAUGUCAGGACAAAAAAUUCAAUCCUAUACUCCCUAAGCCCCCAAAUUUACCCCAGUUUGAGAAAGUUCAGACCAAUAUCUCUCCCUAUCCAUUUGAAAUGAGCGAAGAGAAGUUGAAAACUUCAUGGAAGCAUGUUCAAAUGAUGAAUGAUGAGGACCUGUAUGGAAUUGGAGAGCAAGGCAUGAAUGCCUUAGCUAGGUGUAUUGUCAGUGCCAGCCACAAGUCCCAAAAGGAAUACAUUUAUGCAAUGGUUGAGAGAGCUAAGAAGCAGGGAAGAGCAGAGGAAAUGCUGAAUAUUAAAAUUCCAUUGAAGAAAGACUCUAUUGUGACGCCUCUCUCCCUGGCUGCCCUGCAACUCCCAAGCAGCAAAAGGAAUGAGCAAGUGAUUGAGUACUUGCUCAAAUCAGGAGCUGAUCCGGGUAUUUCAUUGAAAACCAAGGGCAGUUCCUUACUUCAUAUCCUUGCUGAGAAUGUUGAGCGACACAAGCUGUUGCUCAAAAUACUUCAGUGGACCAGCAAGUUUCCCCAAGACGUGAUCAAAAUGGGUCAAGGGCAGGAUGAGGAUAUUUGGAAGAUGUGGUUGGAUGUUUGCGCUGACUUAAACAUGGACAAGAACACUGCUGAAGAUGCUUACCAAUCAUACAACAAGAUUUCUCAGAAUUAUACCUUGGAGGGCAAUCCUCUGCACUGGCUCGCAUGACUGACUCCUCGUGAAGAAGCAGAGAGAGCUUUGCGCAAGAUAGGAUCACCUGCAGACUCAAGGUAUGCUGAUGAUGUGGCCACUUUGAAGCAGGUGGAAGAUGCCAUGAGGAACUCCAUGGGGUCACAUCUACCUUUGCUUGAUCAGAGAGUCUCCAAUGCAUCUACUUCAUAAAUGGCUCCAUGGAAAGUCAACAAGGAUGCUGUGCUUGGAUGAAGUAUUCCAGCCAUUUAUGGGUGAAAGGCUCUGUUGUGAUUCACUGGAUUUACAUCCACCUCUUUCUUGUUGUUGAGAGUUCAUAUAGGUCUAUGUUUUCUUCAGUUGAAAUUGGUUUCAUUCUUGGAAUGUGUUGAAUCAUAUAAAAUGAAGGUGGGUGA